CCCUUCUAGAAGGGAAGUGUUAAAACAGGCGGGCAUUAUAUUACCUUCUGAUAUGCAAACGCCUUUGUUUCCAUAUCAAAGUUAUUUAAAGGAGUUUUCGUUGAAUUCAUUCGAAAAGAUGGUUCUUUUAUGGUACAAUAAGAGUCAAGUGUUAGAUCUUGGAUUGAAAUUGCCCGACAAAGAUUACAGGAAAAAUGGGAUGAAUCGACAAGAGUUGCUCUCAAGCAACUUUGAAAUCUUGAUGGCAGAACUUUCGCAGCUCAUAUUCAACUCGGCUUGCUUAAAACUAAUAGAUUUUUCCGGAACAGCACCUUUACCAAGGUUCCAGUCAUUCUCGAGAUUCAAUUUUAUCGGGGAAAAUGUCACGUCCCUGUCCAUGAGGACACUUCACACGCUUAACUUGAAUCCAAUGUACAAGGAGAUGACGAAGAAUCAGCUCGUAGAGUUGUUAAGGUCCAUGGAAACCUCGUUUAAUAAAAUAGAAUGCCUCGACAUAAGGCACUUUUAUAAUCACGUGCCGGAAUUUGUAAGUUUAUUAAAGGCUCAAGGUAAUCUUCAACGACUAUCAUUACGAUAUUCGAAAAUUGUCAAUCCAAUUUUUCGAGUAUUGUCAACCAUGGCGCCGACGACGCUGACAUGGUUGGGAUUGGACAUGAUACAUCUCGGGCUGAAACCGUUAAUGCUGCUCACGACCUGUCAAAAUUUGAGAACGUUGGUGCUCGUCAAUUGCUUGUGUCGUCCGAUAACUGAAGUCUUCCCCUCGGAGGACGUCCCGGUUAAUCAAUUUGUCAACCUAAGGAAACUUCACAUCAUAGAGGAAAGCAAGUAUCCACACAAUCUUCGAACCGAUCUCAAGGAAAUAUUUCAGAUGACAUCUCGGUCCCUAAGGGAGUUCACAAUGGAUGUUGCAUGUAAUCAACAAAUACGAGGAUUACUUCUGUCGAUGAUCGAAUUUUCGCCGAUGAUCACAUUCCUGGCUGUGCACGCAAGUCAAGAAGACAUUAUGUUCCAAGAAUUUUACGAAUGGUUAAAGAUGUCAAAGUUGGAAUCAUUAAUAUUAAAAUUGGGUGGAAACAAUGUUGGUGCGUUCAUCAAGUAUUUGGGUGUUUACUUUCCGGAUUCUCUUGUUCAUUUUGAUCUUGAAUCGUUGAUUACACCAAUUCAACUGUCAAAUUUUUUGAACAAGUGUAACCAAGUGAAUUUCAAAAGGAUAGGAUUGAAUGACAUGAGAGGAAUUAACGACGAACACUUACACAUACUGAUGAAAUACGCGGAAUAUUUUGGGAGUUUGGAAAUAGUGGAGUACGACAGAUGGGCGGCGAAGGACGUGAACAUGUUGGGGUGCGUGAGGAAGGUGAUACCAUCGAGGUUUAACGAUGAAAAGUUAAAGAAAGCGGGAAGGUUUAUUAGGGUUAUUAGGCGGGAUGAAUCCGAUCCUUUCCGUAAUCCAAUGAAUUUUUAG